CUUGACACAGGUCCAGUCAGCUUCAGCCGGGAAGAUCCAAGCUAUGACGGCAGUCACCUAAGCCUGUCCGCUGUGCGAUUGAGAGACAUGUCUCAGUGACCUCUCUUUGUUACCUUUUGCGCCUUCACCAUCUUAUGACGUGGAUGUCGGAGAGAAGAUGCCGUCUGGAUGACCUGCGCAGUGUCUCACGGCCAUCGAUGGCCUUACUUGCAGUUGCAUGUUGGUGUCCAUGUAUGUGUCCAUGUAUGGGAGACUCGAUCUCCUACCGAACGAUGCAAAGGUAUAUAAAGAGGGUGAGGAUACUCGAUCAACAACCCCAUCUCUUCUCAAGCAUCAAGGCAUCUUUCCCAGAAAACAAGCAUCAUAGCACACUUCCAACCCUACCAAACAUCCUUCAACACCAUCUGAGGUACCUUUCAACCAACCCACAUCUACAACCACCAACAUGAAGAACCUCUCCAUCCUCACCUCCCUCCUCCUCGCCUCCGCCUCCCUCGUCUUCUCCUCCAGCAUCCCCCCAAAGUGCGGAACUUGCAACCCGCUCUCCGGCCAGAACCACUGCGACAUUACCACCUCCUGCAUCAACACAGGCACCCGCUUCCAUUGCGCCUGCCGCGCCGGCUACAAGGCCUCGAAGGACAACCACGACGUCAGCAAGCAGUUCCGUCUGAAUGUCCCCAACUACCAGUUCCUGGUCUUCACCCCCGAGAGCACCGAGUGCAACACCCUCUGUGACAACCCCUACGGCGCAAGCCCUGACCUGUGCGCUGAGGUUCCUAUCCAAGACAAGUGUGCUAUUUGAUGGGGACUGUCGUGAGGCGUGCUUCUUGUGCUGAGACUGGAUUAUUUGCUGGGAAUGAGUGUUGAGUGUUGAGUGUUCUACGACAACAUUCCUUCAUGAGAUC